GAGUAGGAAGAAGAAGCCGAUUCUGGAAGCCAUUACGUUGCGCAUAUCAGUUAAGUACUAUUUUUGCGUAUAGUACGUACAACAAUUUCUCCAUAAAGAAGGAUUUCUGCAGUUAUGGUCUCCGUCGCGAAAAAAAGAAAAAUGAAUUUCUCGGAGAGAGAGGUUGAAAUUAUUGUGGAGGAAAUAGAGAAACAAAAGCACACAUUGGUUAACCACUUCAAUGCUGGAGUAACUCACAUAGCAAAGAACAACGCGUGGAUGGAGAUCCUCAAAAAGGUGAACGCUGUCACGACCUGUCCCAGGGAGUUGCCGGAGGUCAAGAAGAAAUGGUCGGAUAUGAAGACGGAGGUCCGGAGGAAAGUGGCUCAGGCGCGGGCAGCCAUGGAGGGGACGUCCGCCGAUUGUACUCCAGUCCCCGUCCUGCUCACUGCCAUGCAGCAGAGGAUCUGUAACCUCCUGGGAGAAGCCACCAUCAUCAGUUUACCUGCGGGAGACUCGGAUGGCGAGAUCGCGUUGCCCGUCACCGUGAACGCCGCCGCCACCGUCACACUUGCAGAGACUAUUCCAGCAGGCUCUUCAACAGUUUGUGAUGAAGCAAAGUCCCUGAAUGCUGAAACAGCCUACCAAGCAUUAGAAGACGGCGACAUGGUAGAAUACUGCACAACGACCGUAGGCGAUUCAGCGCCUGCUGUGGUGGCAACUGUCGAAGCUCCAGUAGAAGUGUUGGAGUCAUCUACAGCUUCCUCGCCGCUACCGCCUCAGAGUCAGGCGAAGCCUCAGGAAUUGAAGAGCCGCAUUGCCCUCAACUCAGCUCGACUAUUGCAAGAGCAGCGGGUCACCAACGUCCACAUCCGACAGAUAGCCCAGCACCUCGAGGGUCAGAACCAGCUUCUCCAGAUGAUGCGCCACUCCCAGGAGGCCCAGGUUUUUGCACAGGAGCGACAAGCUCAGGCCUUGGAAGGUACCCAAGCUGCACUGCUCGCUCUGGUCCAGAUGCUCAGGCCUGCUCUAAAAGAUUUGCGAAAAUUUAUGCAGAGCGGUAAUGAAGUCACAAACUCGGGCAGCGCGGCAGCAGCGGUCACAACUGAUGCGGCUUUAAUAGAUGAGCAGAACAGGCCCACGACAUCACCACCUGCUGCACAAACUGAGGCAACACAAUAGACUCUCCCUGUCUGAGGAAUUCCUGCACAUAGACUUGAACAAAGCCUUGAAAAACAUUUCAGAGUUGCCUUAGGAAGCAUGUACAAAAAUGGAGCUCUUUUCCAAAUUGGAAAACAGUCAGAUGUUAACUUCAGUUUGAACUUUUAUAGUUUUUGAGAGUAACUUUAGGUGGAAAACCGAAAUUAUGUUUUCAUCCAGAAUACUAAAGCCAGUCUUGUUUUUAGAUGUUUGACCUCGACCAAUGAAACCAAAAAAUAACUCAACCAGUGUUUUUCCUAAACAUUACAUACUUACUACGAUUAACGCAGGUAAUCUCUACUGAUUAGGAAUACCAUUUAAUUUAGGAGUUACUGUGUUUAUUAGGGAUAUUCAAUUGCUCAUUAAGAUUUAUGACUGUUGAACUGAGCGUCUAUUAAUCAUUCUUUGAUGCCAUUUCACCAAACUGGAUUGCACUAUUUAGUUGCAAAUAGCAGAGGCACGGUUGAUUCCGUCUCAACUUGUUUGCUGUCCAAAGGAGUAUUACAUAGUGUCAGUUAUUGAUCAAACACUAGAAUCAGAACAGGUGUACAGAAUAUUCAGAGAGAUACUACUGGUCCGUUAAAAAUAUUGAUUGAACAAAUUAAAAUAGAUGCAUUGAUCACUCAGCUUUCCCAUAGUCAAUCCACAAGGGUUAGUCUAAUGCCCACCCCUAGUGUGUAUCGCUUUUACCGUGUACAUUGUUUUUUCUUUUAUAUUUAAGUAGAUGAAUUAUGUCAUGAACUUGUCUUUAAAAUAUGACGUUAAAUGGUACAUCAGUCAAAAAUAUAGUACAGCCCAAAAGUUUUGACCUACCUUCUCAUUCAAUGCGUUUUCUUUAUUUUCAUGACUAUUUACAUUGUAGAUUGUCACUGAAGGCAUCAAAACUAGGAAUUAAC